CGGCUACAACAGCCACAAGACCAGAGCGCGCGCAAGGGAGCACUCCAGUCAUCAGCCAAGUGAACCUGUUCGGUUAUCGUCAUCGUUAGUACAAUAGUCACUUUGAACAACGCAGCACUUGCUACAAAGAACUAAAAAUGGCAGAGGAUAUUGCGACUAAGCUCCAGAACUACCGCACUGCUCCCUUCGAUGCCAGAUUCCCCAACCAAAAUCAGACAAGGAACUGCUUCUACAACUAUCUGGAUUAUCAUCGCUGCCAAAAAUCGCUGGAUGCCAAAGGAGUCGACACUGCCCCAUGUGACUGGUAUAAGAGGGUCUACAAAUCACUGUGCCCCAUUUCCUGGAUCCAGAAAUGGGACGACCAGAGGGAGGAGGGCACCUUCCCAGGGAAAAUUUGAGUGGCAUCUCCAAAGAAGUAUAUUUCAUGGCAAUAUGUAUGUAUGAGUGGUAGGAAUCCAGGUUGGUCCUCCACUGCUCCUAUGGAAUGUGAGCAGAGUAUAACUGAAUACCGUAGUCAUUCCUUAUCAAAGAUAAUCAUUGUAUUGCAGAUUCUGCAUUAAAGUGCCUCAGGCGAUAUUUAUCAAA